AAAAAAUAAGGCGUGCGACUAGAGACACACGAAACGCGAGUACGCCGACGCCGCGACGCGUCCUUUCGUUUCGCUCCCCUCCUCCCCCCGAUCUCCGCCGCCGCCGCCGCCGCCGCCUUCCGAUCUCCGCCUCCCUCCCCUCCGGAUCCCCGCGCUCGCCGUCGACGCGCUCCCUCUCCUCCGCCCCUGCGUCUCGGCCCACGGUGAGGUGCCCUCCCUCCUCUCCGCAAGGUUACCUGAGGUGAAUACAUUGGAGUUGGCUGGGAUACUUCUGAUUUGAGGAGAUUAUAAAUUGGAACAAUGCCUCCCCAUAAGAUAGAGACAGGCCACCAGGAUGUUGUGCAUGACAUUGCCAUGGAUUACUAUGGGAAGCGCAUCGCUACAGCCUCUUCUGAUAACACAAUAAAGAUCAUUGGUGUAAGUGGCAACUCUCACCAGCAGCUUGCUACUCUGAGUGGACAUCAGGGCCCUGUCUGGCAAGUUGCAUGGGCUCAUCCUAAGUAUGGUUCCUUGCUGGCAUCCUGCAGCUAUGAUGGGAGGGUUAUCAUAUGGAAGGAAGGGAGCAAGCCUGAUGAAUGGGCGCAGGCGCACACUUUCAUUGAGCACAAGUCCUCUGUCAAUUCCAUUGCUUGGGCACCUCAUGAGCUUGGGCUGUGCUUGGCUUGUGGCUCAUCUGAUGGCAACAUUUCAGUCUUCACUGCUCGUUCUGAUGGUGGGUGGGACACAACACGCAUCGAUCAGGCUCACCCAGUGGGUGUCACCUCUGUUUCUUGGGCUCCUGCAAUGGCGCCGGGUGCUCUAAUCAAUACAGGGCCUUCCGGUCAGUUUGAAUAUGUUCAGAAACUUGCCUCUGGUGGUUGUGACAAUACAGUCAAGGUAUGGAAACUGUACAACGGGAGUUGGAGGAUGGAUUGCUUUCCGGCUCUUCAGAUGCACAGGGACUGGGUGAGAGAUGUUGCCUGGGCUCCAAAUCUAGGCCUCCCAAAGUCAACAAUUGCAAGUGCCUCCCAGGAUGGAACGGUUGUAAUCUGGACAGCACCGAAAGAAGGCGAGCAGUGGGAAGGCAGGGUUCUCUAUGAUUUCCAGACACCUGUGUGGAGGUUAUCCUGGUCAUUGACUGGGAAUAUUCUGGCAGUGUCUGAUGGUAAUGAUAAUGUGACCCUAUGGAAAGAAGCCGUCGAUGGCGAAUGGCAGCAAGUGACCACUGUUGAGGCUUAGGUGUUUUGAGUUGUUCUUCCCCUGGCUGCCAAUUAUAACAUAUGUGUAGCCUUCAGGCUGGCCAAUGGCUCUCUGCUUACAAUGUGGCUCUAGUAAUUUUGCUUCUGCUCAGCAAUUAGCAAGGCGCAAGUAAUUUGCUUGGAUAGAGUAGAAAACCCUUUGUGUCGCAACUCUUUCAUGUAUUAUGUGUUCCCUUGUGUGCCUUCUGUUUACCAUUAUUUAUGGCACUUCUGAGUGCAGAUUUUUCGCUAUCCUGCGACUGUUUAAUGCUGCCCGUAAGCGAUUAUGAUAUGUCA